AUGUCCGAGCAACUUAAGGUAUCGCCAGCGAGCAGAUCGCUUCUCAACGACAAGUGGGAUGUUGUCCUAUCCAACUUGGUGGUUAAAUCCGGCCUAGGUUUGGGUGCCGGUGUUGUGGCAUCUGUACUCUUUUUCAAACGUCGUGCAUUUCCAGUGUGGAUAGGCAUUGGUUUCGGGCUUGGCAGGGGCUACGCCGAGGGUGAUGCCAUUUUCCGUUCUUCUGCUGGUUUGAGAACUGUGAAAGCUUAG